AUGAGAUUCUUGUUCGUUUUUCAAGAACCAAAGUUAAGGACACUUCUAGAUUUUUUAUUUGAGUUGUCGCACGAAAGGGAAAAAUAUUCGGAGCAAGAUAUCCGCGAUGAAAUGAAUACAAUAAUUAUAGCUAACAAAGUAUAUGAGGAACUAAAUCAAAUUUACUGCUCGGACGAUCCGAAACGUGUUCCAAUAACAUAUAAUAAUAUUAAAAGUAUGAAACUUUUUAAACGUGUGAUCAAGGAAACGGUACUUCUAUUUCCUGCAGUUCCAGUUAUCGCCCGGAGAGUGACGUUAGAUAUAAAAGAUAUCUCUGCAUACAAGAUAACUUUGAGAGAAGGUUGGACUAUACCGAAAGGUCGUUUAGCAGUAUUUCUCAUUUAUAAACUUCAUAGAAGCGCAAAAUAUUGGCCACGGUCAUUAGUAUUCGAUCCCGAUAGGUUCCUACCGGGAAAGAAUUGUUCUACAUAUUUAUUUCCAUUUAGUUACGGUCGAAGAAAUUACAUAGGUCAAAAUUUUGCUAUGCUAAAUAUGACAGUAAUCAUUGAUAAGAAAAAUAAUCACUGA